AGGGCAGAAAAGUGAGGAAUCUAGUGUCGGAGCCAAUUUUACGCUGGUCAGAUCACACUGAGUCGUCAGUCGAAUAACUUGAUUUUCUGUGCUAGUGAAGAGACACUUUUUCACUGUUGAAAGCAAGAACUGGAAGAAGGCGUUUCCCCCAAAAAAACACGUUGUGUUGUAAUCCACUCACUCCCCAGAGAUCAGAGCAAAUCUCUCAAUUGCCGAGAUGAAGUGUCUCCACGUUGCCGGAACGCUCCUUCUUCUUGGCGCCUUUGCGGCUGCCGCGGACAACAAACCACUGAAGGCGAUUGCCGUGCUCAGCCAGUCGGACACAGUCAGAGGCAACGUCACAUUCUCUCAGCCUUCCUGCACUGAGCCCACCUUCGUGGAGAUCAACAUCGAGGGACUGCCGCCAGGACCGCACGGAUUCCACAUCCACGAGAGGGGCGAUCUCUCGGGCGGAUGCGGCUCCACUGGAAGCCACUUCAACCCCGACAGGCUGCACCACGGCGCCCCCAAUGAUGAGAUCCGCCACCGCGGCGAUCUGGGCAACGUUCAUGCCGAUAACUCGGGACGCGUGUACACUUCCUUCAGUGACAGCGUGAUCAGCCUGAACGGCGCCAACAGCGUAAUUGGGCGAGCAGUGGUGGUGCACGAAGCUGAGGAUGAUCUCGGACGCGGAGGCAACGCGGACUCCCGGAAGACUGGCAAUGCGGGUGGCAGACUCGCGUGCGGGACCAUCGGAGUGGCAUCACAUGAGGAAGAUUUUUGGCCAUGCAAUGGAAGUGUUCUGAAUUCAUUAUCAUUUGUCCUCCUCUUUGCGACGUUGAUCUUUUCAGUGUUCAACUCUGCGCGCAAGUAACUCAUCGAGGGAAAAUCUCUUAAUAGCGGUUUUGUGUGGGGCAAAUCUCCUGUGUGAGCAACAGUAUUUAAUAAAUUAUU